CUGGCACUGGGGAAAGGUAUAGAUUAGGAGAGGAGAACGGAGCGCGGCGCGGUUCAUUAUUGUUCACCGAGCUCUGGCGAAGCGUGUUGACAGUCACCCGUGCGGAGAUGGCAUGUGGAGAAUCGGAGUUCAAUAUCCUGCUGGCGACCGACUCGUACAAGGUUACACAUUACAAGCAGUACCCACCAAAUACAAGUAAAGUAUAUUCUUACUUUGAGUGUCGGGAAAAGAAAACAACAGAAAACUCCAAGUUCAGGAAAGUGAAAUAUGAAGAAACAGUCUUUUAUGGUUUGCAGUACAUUCUAAAGAAGUAUUUAAAAGGAAAAGUGGUGACCAAACAAAAAAUUCAGGAAGCCAAAGAGGUAUAUAGAGAGCACUUCCAGGAUGAUGUCUUUAAUGAGACUGGGUGGAAUUACAUCCUUGAGAAAUAUGAUGGCCAUCUGCCAAUUGAAGUUAAGGCUGUGCCUGAAGGUAGUGUAAUCCCCAGAGGGAAUGUACUGUUCACAGUAGAAAAUACAGAUCCUGAAUGCUACUGGCUGACAAACUGGAUAGAGACCAUCCUUGUGCAAACAUGGUACCCAAUCACUGUUGCCACAAACUCCAGAGAGCAGAAAAAGAUUCUUGCCAAAUAUUUAUUGGAAACCUCUGGUAGUCUGACAGGUCUGGAGUACAAAUUACAUGAUUUUGGCUACAGAGGGGUUUCUUCACAAGAGACUGCAGGAAUUGGGGCUUCAGCUCACCUUGUUAACUUCAAGGGCACAGAUACUGUAGCUGGGAUUUGCUUGAUAAAGAGAUACUAUGGAACAAAGGACCCAGUACCUGGAUUUUCUGUGCCAGCUGCAGAACACAGUACAAUUACUGCCUGGGGAAAAGACCAUGAGAAGGAUGCUUUCAAACACAUUGUAACACAGUUUUCUUCAGUACCUGUUUCUGUGGUCAGUGAUAGCUAUGAUAUUUACAAUGCCUGCGAGAAAAUCUGGGGAGAAGAUUUAAAGAGCUUAAUAGAAUCAAGAAGUGCAGAUGCUCCUUUGAUAGUUCGGCCAGACUCUGGAGAUCCCCUUGAUACAGUUAUAAAGGUGCUAGACAUUUUAGGAAGAAAAUUUCCUGUGCAAGAAAACUCAAGAGGCUACAAAGUUUUGCCACCUUACAUUCGUGUUAUCCAAGGAGAUGGUGUGGAUAUAAACACUUUGCAAGAGAUUGUAGAGGGAAUGAAGAAACAAAAGUGGAGUAUUGAGAAUAUUGCGUUUGGAUCUGGAGGGGCUCUCUUACAGAAAGUUACCCGAGAUUUAUUAAACUGCUCUUUUAAGUGCAGUUAUGUUGUGACCAACGGCCUUGGGGUAAAUGUGUUUAAAGAUCCUGUGGCCGAUCCAAACAAAAGAUCAAAGAAAGGGCGACUGUCUCUUCACAGAACCCCCACAAACGAGUAUGUGACUCUUGAAGAAGGCAAGGGAGAUCUGGAAGAAUAUGGACCGGAUCUUCUCCGCACAGUGUUUAAGAAUGGCAAGAUAAUUGCAUGUUACUCGUUUGAUGAUGUAAGGAGCAAUGCCGGACUAAAGAACAAAGAGCUGGAAGAAGAGAUUUAAUAGAUGUAUAUCAUUUUGUAUGUAAAUCUUAGAUAAUUCACUGUACAAACCUGUGUGUCAGUUUCUUUGUGUUGUCAUUUUUUUUUUUCUAUGCGGAUUUGUCAAUGCUUUUAUCUGAAUUACUGUUUCCCUCUGUCAAUAUCUCCUGAAAUUACCCAUGUCCUUCAGAUAAUACUCACUUCUCCUUUGUCUUGUACAGCAGAAAACUGUAAAAUAUAUUUAAUCCUAAGUGAUUCCAUGUUGGUGCUUGCACAUUUUAAUUUUACAAGCACAAUUUUACAAAGCCAUUGUGUUUUUAGUUCACUUUCCAAUGACUUAAGAGUGGGAAUUCUUUUUAUAUUUCUAUCAUCUCAUUUAGUUAUAUUUUCUAAACUCAAGAAACGACGCAAGAUCAUUUUUAUUUGCCUUAUCUAGCUAGCACUAAUCUUUUAAGUGUGUCUUAUGAAAGAAAACAGCAGCCUUUGUGUGGCCUCUGUGAUGACAUUUUAUAGAUACUGUUUCAUAUGCACUGUAUUAGCAUAAUGUACACUGCCAUACUGCACAUGAAUCUAUUUGGUACACAUUCACUUUAUAAAGCUUUAGUUGAAAGUCAAAUCAUUCAUCAGCAUAAUAGGCGUUCAUACCAGAAAAG